CAAGACUUCUCCGAAAUACAAUGUUUGACGGUUCUCUCCUGCCCCUCCUUGUAUUUCCUUUGCUGCUGCUACUGUUUUGUGGAACGGACACCAGCGCAGACUCCGGAGCCUCCGCGGAGCUGCAAGUGGUCCUCCCCCGGCGGCUGCGGCCUGCGGACCCCCACCUGCUCCCGCGGCCGGGAGGGCAGGACCCCGGCGUCCGAGCCCCCCAGCCCGGGCCCAGCGACCUCCUGCUGCACUUGCCGGCCUUCGGGCGAGACCUGUACCUGCAGUUGCGCCGGGACCUGCGCUUCCUCUCCCGGGACUUCGUGGUGGUGGUGGUGGAGGAGGAGGAGGGGGCGGCCCGGACCCCCCUGCCCCAGCGCUGCUUCUACACCGGACACGUGCUGGGCUACGACGACUCCUUUGCCUCCGUCAGCGCCUGCGGAGGACUGAUCGGCUAUAUCCAGAUUGGACAAGAGCAAAUGCUAAUACAACCAGUCAACAAUUCUGUUCAGACCUCAUUCAGUGGAAGAGAACACUUUGUGAGACGCAAACGUUCUGCAAAACCCAGCCAUCUUGCUAAACCACAGAUUUCUGAUGAACUCUGCCAAGUUGUAACAGAAAAAAAGAAGCAAAAGAAGACUAAAUCUACUAGUGACUGGAGGGAGAGAAGAAAUGCCAUUAGACUUACUAAUGAGUACACUGUGGAAACCCUGGUUGUGGCUGAUGCUGAUAUGGUCCAAUACCAUGGCGCUGAAGCGGCACAGAGAUUCAUCCUUACAGUUAUGAACAUGGUAUACAACAUGUUUCAACACCAGAGCCUGGGAAUUAAAGUGAACAUUCAAUUGACCAAGUUAGUGCUGCUUCGAAACCGCCCCGCCACGCUGUCAAUUGGGCAUCAUGGAGAGAGAUCUUUGGAGAGUUUCUGUCAAUGGCAAAAUGAAGAAUUUGGGGGUGCAAGGUAUCUUGGCAAUAACCAGGUUCCUGGUGGGAAGGAUGAUACCCCUCAAGUGGAUGCUGCUGUUUUUGUGACCAGGACAGAUUUCUGUGUACACAAAGAUGAGCCAUGUGACACUGUGGGAAUUGCUUACUUGGGAGGUGUUUGCAGUGCUAAACGGAAAUGUGUGCUUGCUGAGGAUAAUGGCCUCAACUUGGCCUUCACCAUUGCUCAUGAGCUUGGUCACAACAUGGGAAUGAGCCACGAUGAUGACCAUUUGUCCUGUGCUGGAAGAUCACAUAUAAUGUCAGGAGAAUGGGUCAAAGGCAGGAACCCCAGUGAUCUCUCCUGGUCUUCCUGCAGUCGUGAUGACCUGGAAAGCUUCCUCAAAUCAAAAGUCAGCAUGUGUCUGCUGGUGACUGACCCCAGGAGUCAGUAUGCUGUCCGGCUUCCUCACAAACUCCCUGGCAUGCACUACAGUGCAGAUGAACAGUGCCAAAUCCUCUUUGGAACCAAUGCAACUUUCUGCAAGAACAUGGAGCAUUUGAUGUGCGCAGGCCUGUGGUGCCUUGUGGAAGGAGACACAUCCUGCAAAACCAAGCUGGAUCCUCCUCUAGAUGGCACUGAGUGUGGAGCCGACAAGUGGUGCCGUGCUGGGGAGUGUGUCAGUAAAACUCCCAUCCCGGAGCAUGUGGAUGGAGACUGGAGCCUAUGGAGCCCAUGGAGUAUGUGUAGCAGGACUUGUGGGACAGGAGCCCGGUUUAGGCAGAGAAAAUGCGACAAUCCCCCGCCGGGGCCAGGAGGCACACAUUGCUGGGGAGCAAAUGUGGAACACACAGUUUGCGAGAAUAUACCCUGCCCUAAGGGAGUGCCUAGCUUCAGGGACCAGCAGUGCCAGACCCAUGACCGAUACAGCAACAAGAAGAAAGGCUUAUUGACAGCUGUUGUUAUUGACGAUAAACCAUGUGAGCUCUUCUGCUCUCCCCUGGGAAAGGAGUCUCCGGUGCUGGUGGCAGACAGAGUCCUCGAUGGUACACCCUGUGGGCCUUACGAGACCGAACUCUGCGUACAUGGCAAGUGCCAGAAAAUUGGCUGUGAUGGGAUCAUUGGUUCGGCUGCCAAAGAAGAUCGCUGUGGAAUUUGUAACGGAGAUGGCAAAACCUGCAAAGUGGUGAAAGGCGAUUUCAAUCAUACCAAGGGGAUGGCUCUCAAAGACUCCAGUAAGAAAUCCAUUAACAGUGACUGGAAGAUUGAGCUUCCCGGUGAGUUUCAGAUCGCAGGCACCACUGUCCGCUACGUACGAAGGGGUCUAUGGGAGAAAAUCUCUGCCAAGGGACCAACUAAAAUACCACUGCACUUGAUGGUGUUGUUAUUUCAUGACCAAAAUUAUGGAAUUCAUUACGAAUACACCAUUCCUGUAAACUCUACUGCUGAAAACCAGAGUGAGCCAGAAAAGCAACAGGAAUCGUUGUACAUCUGGACCCACAGCGGAUGGGAAGGAUGCAAUGUGCAGUGUGGAGGAGGGGAACGAAAAACCAUUGUAUCAUGCACUAAGAUCAUUAAUAAGUCCAUGACACUGGUGAAUGAUAGUGAAUGCCAACAUGUGACUCGCCCAGAGCCCCAGGUCCGAAGAUGCAACCCGCACCCUUGUCAGUCACGGUGGGUAGCAGGGCAGUGGAGCCUCUGCUCAGCAACCUGUGAAAAGGGUGUCCAGCACCGGGAAGUCACUUGCGUUUAUCAGUUGCAGAAUGGCACCUAUGUUAACACCAGAGACCUCUACUGCCUGAGUCCUAAACCAACACCAGUGCAGAGCUGUGAAGGCCGUGAUUGCCUUUCGAUCUGGGAGGCAUCUGAGUGGUCAAAGUGUUCCGCAGACUGUGGCAAGGGGACUCAGAAGCGCACGGUAACUUGCACCAACUCUCAAGGGAAAUGUGAUGCAGCUACAAGGCCAAGGGAAGAAGAUGCUUGUGAGGACUACACGGGCUGCUACGAGUGGAAAACAGGAGACUGGUCUAAGUGCUCCUCAACCUGUGGAAAGGGCCUGCAAUCCCGGGUAGUGCAGUGUAUGCACAAAGUCACCGGGCGCCACGGCAGUGAGUGUCCUAUCCUCUCCAAACCAGCUGCCUACCGACAGUGCCACCAGGAGGUGUGUAACGAGAAGAUCAACGUCAAUACCAUCACGUCCCCUCGACUUGCUGCCCUAACAUACAAGUGCACCGGAGACCAGUGGACAGUGUACUGCAGGGUGAUCCGAGAGAAGAAUCUCUGCCAGGACAUGAGGUGGUACCAGCGCUGUUGCCAGACAUGCAGAGACUUUUAUGCCAACAAGAUGCAGCAGAAGAGCUAAUGGGCCCCCACCACUGGCUAGAUUGAAUACUAAAGCAGCGGAUCGAAUUCACAGACUAGUAGGUCUAAGAACUGGAACUUAAUGAGUAAUGACAAAGUGGUGGAUCCCAAAGCACUCCUAAUUAGGUAAAAAAUACUUCUGCAGGCUGGAUAUACCAAAGCAGUCCACCCAUCCACCUUCCCACCCAUAGCCAAGUCAUCUCAAGAAUCCAAUGAUGUAGAGUUUUAUUGUGGAUUGAC